AUGGCGAAUGGGACGAAACGGCGGCACUCGCCACUGAAGUUGCCGCUGCACACGGCCACUGCGACGUCAUUUCAGUCGUUCACGCACAUGUGCAUCAGCAGGCUCGAACGGUUCAUGCCGAAGGCCAUCGCUGGUGGGCACGUGACUGCGUUCAAGCUGUUACUGGAUCUCUAUGGAAACACUGAAUGGCUGCCGGGCUUAUUGAGUCAGGCAGUGAAAAACGGGCAACAAGAGAUUGUCGACAUUAUUUGCAAAGGAGACGAGUGCCGUGAAACGCUGGAGUGGGCAGCAAAGAACGGGGACCUUUACGUGAUGAAGCGCAUUCUAAAGUACCACCAAUCUGUUGACGAGAUAGUGGUCAGCCUUACGCUGCAGAGGGCGUCUGCAGCCGGACACUUGGAAAUUGCCGAGCUUUUGGUUGGGAAUUAUGAAGGACAGGCACUCGACGUACGGUUCGCACUUGCCGAUGCGGUUACAGAAGGUCACGUGGAGAUUGCCAAAUACUUGUACGCCAAGAAGGGGUUCGACGCUGACUUUUUUAAUGCGAUGUUUGUAAGAGCAGCGGGUCUACGCUCACUUGAGACGGUCCAGUUCCUUUUCGACAAAGCAAAAAUACACGCUCAGUCCUUUCGCGAAGCCUUCAGAUUCGCGGCAACUGGUGGUCAGGUGGAGAUCUUGAAGUUUCUGAUGUCCAAGCUUGGCUGGUGUAUCGACGCUUCAUGUCCGGGUAAAGCUUUCGUGAAAGCGGCGAAGCGGGAUCAUUCAGAGAUCCUGAAGCUCUUGUACACAAUUGAAGGAUGCCAAGUUUCGGCUCGAGUACUCGAAACUGCGUUCAGUGCAGCAGCUGCACGCGGAAAUCUGGGAGUGAUCAAGUUCCUGGAUAGCAGAAACCUCUUUUCGCCCGACUUUCGUGAACGCGGCCACAGAGUGCAAGGUGAAGUGUGCAGCUAUUGGCGAUCAAGUUGGCGUAUUGAAGUUCUUGUAUGCCAAAGGAUGCAUCGAUUCAGAGUUGAUCAACCACAUUUUCCCUGCAGCUUCAGCGCGAUGCUACGUUGA